AUGGCUAAGUUAGUGCACAAUGUUCAGAAAAAGCAGCAUAGAGAACGUUCGCAGACUCUGGAUAGGGCAAAGUAUGGCCUUCUAGAAAAAAAGAAGGACUAUCGGCUAAGAGCUGCAGACUACCACAAGAAACAAGCUGCGCUCAAGGCUCUUAGACAAAAAGCUACACAAUACAAUCCUGAUGAGUAUUACCAUGCUAUGACAAGAAAAAGAACAGACGAUGAGGGCAUUCUCAUCACUGAAAGGGAAGGUGAGUCUCUUUCCACCCAACAAGUGAAGCUUCUCAAAUCUCAAGACUUAAACUAUGUAAGAACAAUGCGAUUAAAUGAAAGUCAGAAGAUCGAGAAGUUGAAAAACAAGCUAGGCUUCAAAGCUGGCGGGAAACAUACAGUCUUUGUUGAUAAUGAAGAGAGCCUUGAACUGUUCAAAGCCGAAAAGUUCUUUGAUACGGAUGAGAGCAUGCUAGAAAGAAGAGAGAACAGACUCAGGUUAAAUCAGCUCGAAACGAGCGAGCGUAUCAUGAAGGAGAUAGAGUUUGAUGACAAAGAAAAACUCGACAAGCAAAAGCUAGCAGACUACAAGCUUUUAAAGGAGAGAAUGGAGAGAGAGAGGAAACUCAAGGAAGUUGAAGAUAGACUAGAGACGACAAAAGAACUAAUGAAGAAGGGUGCGAAGAAGAAGUUGUACGAUGCUGAUGGCGAUGUGCAUUUUAAGUGGAUGAACGAAAGAAAACGUUGA